AGCGGUGCCCUGGGCCACUCCCGGCGAGUGAUUGGUGCUUCGGUUCACCUACCAAUUGCUGCGCGGCUCGGAUCCUCUGCUUCAUGGACCGCACGUGUGAGGAGAGGCCCGCGGAGGAUGAGAGAGACGAGGAGGACCCCGACUCCGCGGAAGCCCCAGCCCGGAUCCGGGACACUCCGGAAGAUAUCGUGCUGGAGGCUCCGGCCAGUGGACUGGCGUUCCAUCCGGCCCGCGAUAUCCUGGCGGCUGGGGACGUGGACGGGGACGUGUUCGUCUUUUCCUACUCCUGCCAAGAGGGAGAAACCAAGGAGCACUGGUCCUCAGGUCACCACCUCAAGUCCUGCCGAGCCAUUGUCUUCUCUGAAGAUGGGCAGAAACUUGUUACUGUCUCCAAGGACAAAGCCAUCCAUUUUCUAGAUGUGGAGCUGGGACGACUGGAAAGACGCAUUUCCAAGGCUCACGGUGUCCCCAUCAACAGCCUGCUGCUGGUGGAUGAGAAUGUUCUGGCCACUGGGGAUGACACAGGUGGCAUCCGCCUCUGGGACCAGCGGAAGGAGGGUCCCUUAAUGGAUAUGCGGCAGCAUGAGGAGUACAUUGCUGACAUGGCUCUGGACCCAGCCAAGAAGCUGCUGCUGACAGCCAGCGGAGAUGGCUGCCUUGGUGUCUUCAACAUCAGGCGACGCCGGUUUGAGUUGCUCUCCGAGCCUCAGUCUGGAGACCUGACCUCUGUUACACUUAUGAAAUGUGGGAAGAAGGUGGCCUGUGGCUCCAGUGAAGGUACCAUCUACCUCUUCAACUGGGAUGGCUUUGGGGCCACAAGUGACCGCUUUGCCCUGAGAGCGGAGUCCAUUGACUGCAUGGUUCCAGUCACUGAGAGUCUGCUGUGUACCGGCUCCACCGAUGGAGUCAUCAGGGCUGUCAACAUCCUGCCAAACCGAGUGGUGGGCAGUGUGGGCCAGCAUGCCGGGGAACCUGUGGAGAAGCUAGCCCUCUCCCACUGCGGCCGCUUCCUGGCCAGCAGUGGCCAUGACCAGCGCCUCAAGUUUUGGGACAUGGCCCAGCUGCGGGCUUUGGUGGUGGAUGACUACCGCCGGCGCAAGAAAAAGGGAGGGCCACUACGGGCGCUGAGCAGCAAGGCCUGGAGCACCGAUGACUUCUUUGCAGGACUGAGGGAGGAGGGAGAGGACGCCACAGCUCAGGAGGAAGAGGAGGAAAGUGAGGAUGACAGUGACUGAGGGAAUGAGCUGAAUCUCAGGAUGGGUUCUCAGUGGACAAGAGUCUUGCUUUCUGGGCUGGAUCCCUAGAGAGGCUGGGAAUUUAAAAUAUCCUAUUGUGCACAAGAAGAUGCUCAGGAUCGGCACACUGAUGUGGGGAAGUACUUGCCCUGUCGCAGCUGCUCACUCCACCAGUGUAAGACAAGCCCACAGCUGGGGCAAGACGGCACGGACACAGGUGUAUACCAACCAGGGGUUUAAUAUAAAUACAACCAGCAUAGAAAAACUCAAAACUACGCAUACACCAAAACCAGGAUGCCAAGUGGUGGGGGCAAAGGCAGAUUUCUGACCCUUUGGCUCAGCCAGCCCCCAAAUAAAAACACCAACAAAGACAAAUCAAGAAAAUAAGAAGCAAAGAUUCAUGCUAAGCUGUGGGAGGAGAGAGGGGUGUGUGUGCGAGUGUGUGUCAGAGAACAACCCUGGGGUCAGGUUAAACCCCAGGCUGGGAUGGGGAAGGGAAGCUCCCUCACCACAACUUAGCCAAACUUGAGCUGCCCGGAGGUGCUGUGGGCCCUGCCCCAGCUGGGAGGCUGUGUCAGGCCUAGGGCAGUGCCCAUGCUCCUCCCCUUCUUGGGAUCAGAUAGCAGCUGCCCAGGCCUGCUGGGCCAGGGACUGACACAGGCUCCGCCUACUCAUUCAGGCUGCCUGGGGAGAGGAUUAGGUCACUGCUGAACCAUGGUACCUCCUGCCUCAGCCCCAGCAGACCGCAGGAGGCUGGCCCCAGACUCAAUGACUCCAGCAGCCGUGCAGACACAGCAUCCUUGGCCACCUCAUGCCCAUCCUGCCCACUGGGGUCCAGCACAACCCAGAUGAGGCCACUGAAGGGCACUGGAUGCCCAGGGAUCACCACCUGGUACCAGAAUCGGUGCCAGCCAGCAGAGCCUGUGCCCAAACACUUGGUGAGGAACAAUGGGCUGCCCAACUUCAUCCGUUGGCACAGCAGCUGCAGGGCAGCCCGAGCCCCUUGGAACUCCAGCCCCUUGUCCCUGGCCAGGGCUACUUGGCUGCCCUCUGGCUGUAAGCACUGUAGAGAGGGAUCCGUGAGCUGCUGGCGGAGUCGCUGCUUCAGGUCUGGCUUAAGCCACUCCACAGCCACCUGUUCUCCACAGAGGCGUGACUGCCCUGCAGGAAAAAGGCAGAGACAGGGCGGGGUCUAAGCCCUGGGCCCAAGCCCCCAGACCGGAGUCCUCUGGAGUCACACAAGCCUGUUUAAUUUGUAGCCUCCCCAUUUCCUGGUGUGACCCCAGGCGAGUUAAAUAACUUCUCUAGGCUUCUUUGUGUUUACUUACAAAGGGAGUGCAAUAACUGCUACCUUCUAAGUUUCCUUGGAGUACUGGUUGAUUGCAGGCUUUGUCUACCUCAUAACCAUCAGAAUAGCUAACCUUUACCAUGAAUACUUGCCAAGAACUACAGAAUGUGCUAAAUGCUGCGUAAUUCUCAGUUUCAGGAAGCAGGUUCUACAAUGGAUAAAAGGUAGGCUCAGUUGGAUUGCCUUGGGCAAGUCAAUUUUUCUUAAAACAGUCUAUCUAAAGAGGGACAACGUUCUACGUUUCACUGCAAUGUGGAGUUUUAAGUCAGGAGAUAGUGCAUGUGAAGUGUGAAGUUUAGGUGAGUGGUAGCUGGUAGAACCGGUGGAAAUUUAAAAACGUGAGGUCAGAUAGUCUGUUUCAAACUCAAGUGUGUUUGACCCUAAGGUCUCGCGACUUUAACCCGCUAUGCUGAUCUACGCUGACGUGUUGAGGUAAAGUGCCGGGCAGAACGCGUUUAGCCCCAACCAGCGGCCCCUCGCAGUCUCCACCCCUACCUUCCAC